GCAGAGGGCAGCUGAGCGGGUGACGAUCGGGAAGGUAGGAGAGGACAAGAAGCGGGAGGGGGAGAGGAGGGAGAGGACAAGAAGCGGGAGGGGGAGAGGAGGGAGAGGACAAUAAGCGGGAGGGGGAGAGGAGGGAGAGGUCGUGCUGGAGGAUAUGGAGAAUAAUCGACUGGGGACGGAGCGGACAGAAAUGGUGGCGGCCACCGAAGGGAAUAGCAGGAACCAGGGUCACGGUGACAGUCCUGAAGUCGUUCAGCAACAAAGUGCAGCAACAAGACGAGCUCACCCUGGAGGACCUAUAGUAACGAACAAAGCUGUUGCACUUGCGCAGUUUCUUAAGAGGAAGCUCAGCCAACCUGGGGGGCUAGAAUCCUUGGACCCUGCUCUCGUCGAGAAGGCGGUGCUGAAUGCCAAGGCUUGUAUUCGAGCAGAUGCGAAUCCCUGUGCAGAGAAGACGGCGAAGGUGCGGCACGUGAUAUCUUUUUCUUGCUCAGAGAGUGAAUCAGACAGUGAUGAGAGUGGAGGUGAAUUGCAUUGUCAGAAUGGGGGUGCAGUUUCCCGAAAGCAAAAGAGUAAGUUGAAUGGGAAAAGUGCUAGAAGCACAGCCAAAGAGGAAGAAAUCAGGAGGAGAAAAGAGGAGGAGUGUUCCAAGCAUCAGAGUGAGGAUGAUGUGCAUGAGAAACUGAAGACAGUGACAGCAAAGAAGAUAAAAAGGAGAAAGAGGAGGAGAAGUCAAGUGGAAGAUGAUGGGGUAGAUGAUGAUCAUCAUGAUGAUGAUGAUGACGAAAGGCGAGAGAAGAAGAGGAAGAAAAAGAAAAAGGAAAGGCAAGCAAUAGAUGGAACGGAGGAGGAUGAGGAGGGAAAGGGAAGGAGGACAAGUAAAAACUGGGAUGCUGACGAUCGGGGCGGGAAGAAGAAGAAGAAGAAGAUGGAGAUAAAACUUGAAAAGAAGCGAAGCAGAUCUUUUCUCGAGCACAUGAAAAAGAGAAAGUCGAAGGGAGUAGGAGGCAGGAAGUACAGGAAGGAGGGACAGGAGCAGAGAGCCAAGGAGAAAAAACGGAGAAUAGGGAAACACAGUGAUGAGAGUGGAGGUGAAUUGCAUUGUCAGAAUGGGGGUGCAGUUUCCCGAAAGCAAAAGAGUAAGUUGAAUGGGAAAAGUGCUAGAAGCACAGCCAAAGAGGAAGAAAUCAGGAGGAGAAAAGAGGAGGAGUGUUCCAAGCAUCAGAGUGAGGAUGAUGUGCAUGAGAAACUGAAGACAGUGACAGCAAAGAAGAUAAAAAGGAGAAAGAGGAGGAGAAGUCAAGUGGAAGAUGAUGGGGUAGAUGAUGAUCAUCAUGAUGAUGAUGAUGACGAAAGGCGAGAGAAGAAGAGGAAGAAAAAGAAAAAGGAAAGGCAAGCAAUAGAUGGAACGGAGGAGGAUGAGGAGGGAAAGGGAAGGAGGACAAGUAAAAACUGGGAUGCUGACGAUCGGGGCGGGAAGAAGAAGAAGAAGAAGAUGGAGAUAAAACUUGAAAAGAAGCGAAGCAGAUCUUUUCUCGAGCACAUGAAAAAGAGAAAGUCGAAGGGAGUAGGAGGCAGGAAGUACAGGAAGGAGGGACAGGAGCAGAGAGCCAAGGAGAAAAAACGGAGAAUAGGGAAACGUAAAGGAAGUGCGGGACUCAGAAAACACGAAGAGAGAAGAAGACGAGGGAUGGAUGAUCUGCCAAAGAAGAAACCUGUGCACAAGGACUAAGAUCGAGGAACAACCAACCUGUUGGAUUCCCUAAGAGGAACUAACACAUCCCCAGUCUAUCUGUUUACUCGUCCUGAUCCCCCAUUCUC